AAUCUCUUCGCAUCAAUAAUUUUUUUUGGUGGUUGUGAAAAUAAAUAAAUUAAUUAGAAAUAGUACUAGAAUAUCUAAUCCACAGGAGGAGGUUAUUUACAAUAUGGAUGGGGAAGUCAAGACGGCUAUACCGUCUCGAAGGAUAACAGAAGAUCAACUACAGAUCUUAUCCAAUGAAUACAAUAUCCUUCAUUUAAUCUACUUUCGAAGUAAGAAUCAACAUCGUCAAUCAAUAUGGUGGAAAUAUCUUAAUAUUCUUCAUCGACAAAUUCGAAAUAUAAUGAAAUUAAGUGUCGAUAGUCUACGUAUCAAACCUUCCAAACAGGAUAAGAUCAGUCAUAAAUGUCAUCAAAUCGAUAAUCUUGUGCAUUACUUAUUGAAGAAGAUCUUUAGAAAGGCGUAUUUUGAAUUUAAUAAUAUCAUAACAUUAGGUCAAUUCAUAAGUUUGGGAUUCACUUUGGUUGGAUUGUUAUCGAAGUUAUAUACUAUCUUGAUAGAUAUAUCAGGCCAGAAGGGAGAUAAAUCAUUAGAUCAAUUGAAAUUGGCAAUGUCGAGCACGAUUGAGAAGACAUUAAAAGUUACUGGGGUGAGUUAUAUUGGAGAUGAUGAUUUAGGUGAAGAGAUUAUACUAGAGGAUGUGCUAGUUGACAAUCCCAAGAAAAGGAAAGCAGAAGAAGAAGAAGAAGAAGAAGAGGAUGUAAAUGGAAAGGUGAAUGUUGAUGUCAAAGUGAAUGAUAACAAUGAUAAAUCAAAACCAAAGUCAGAUAUACCAUCCAGAACCACAUCAACCAUCAAUAAAGCCAAUAAAAAGAUAAAGAAAAAGAAGAGUAACAACUACGGGCAAAAUUCUUCAUCCUCCAAAAGCAAAAAAUCAAGUAAGAAGACCAUUGAUGAUAUCUUUGGCUUAUAAACUAUAUCACAUCACGAAUUACGAACUUUAAUGAAAUUAAAUUCAAUAUACUUAUUUAUGCUUGACUUGAAAAUACCUUUACUUUUUUCUGUUCUAUAGAUACUAUAUGUUUCUCUAUUACUUUUCAUCAUCAUUUAUAUUUCUAAUUAUAUAGAAUCUUAAUAAAUGUAUAUAUUUAC